AUGGUGAGUUUAGAAGAAGCUGCAAAAAAGGAGGAAGUUGAAGAAGAUGAUGAAAUGGAUGGUUACCCAAGCAAUGAAGAUGAUGACGAUGGAGAUGGGAGUUGCUUGUCACAAGCAUGCCUAGUUGCAAAAGGCUAUCACCAGGAAAUAGUAUACAUGUCUCAACCUACAGGUUUCCAAGAUAAAACCUGCCCAAACCACGUGUGUCUUCUCCACAAGAGUCUGUAUGGCCUCAAACAGGCUCCUCUUGCUUGGUUUGAACACUUUACCUCUUAUUUAUUUACACUAGAAUUUGUUGUGUCCAACGUUGAUCCUUCUUUAUUCAUUCGAUCAGUUAGAUCUUCUCUCACUUACUUACUCCUGUAUGUAGAUGACAUCAUUGUCACUAGCCCCGACUCUUUCUAUAUCUCUCUCCUCAAAACUCAAUUAGCACUUGAAUUCCAAAUAUCUGAUCUUGGUCCCUUAAAAUACUUUCGUGGUCUCGAAAUACAUUCCCUCCCUAAUGACCUAUUUGUCAAUCAAGCCAAAUAUCUCAAUGAUCUUCUUCACACAUCAGGAAUGAUCUCUGUAAAUUCCUGUACCAUACCAAUAUCUUCUUCUCUUGACCUCUACACCACUGCACCACCUUUUAAUGAUCCAUCUUUAUACAACAAACUAGUUGGUUCCUUGCAAUAUCUUACAUUUACUCGUCCUGAUAUUGUUUUCUCCAUAAAUCGUGUUAGCCAAUUCAUGCACAAAUCGACUGUCAUUCACUUCUUGGCAGUCAAACGCAUCCUCCGAUAUUUAUGUGGUACUCCAACUCUUGGAAUAAAUUUUCGCGAAGGUUUGUUCUCUCUUCAAACCUUUUGUGACUCUGAUUGGGCAGGUGAUACUUCUGAUAGACACUUUACCUAUGGAUUCAUUGCCUUCCUUGGCUCUUAUCUAAUCUCCUGGUCUUCUAAAAAGCAACCUCCAAUCUCUCGUUCUUCCACAGAAGCAGAAUAUCGUUCUCUCGUCACUACUACUGCUGAUCUUUACUAG